AAAGACCUAUUUGUUGCCAGUGCAGUAAUGUUAUGUAUCAAUGAGAAUAAAACACUUAUGAGACACUAUAUGUUAGUGGAAUUUAAACUGGAUCAGCUGAAAUUAAUAUCAAUCGUGUGACUGCUUCAAAUAUAUAAUUAUAAGAAAUAAUGUCAUGGUCUGUAGUUUGAAUGUUAAGUGUUCAGUUUAAAUAGUUUAUAUAUUCUUUAACAGUACGUAACAAUCAUACUCACUCAUUACAUUACGAUUACAUCAAAACAAUAUGUCAACGCAAAUUUUAACAGUAACAACUGAGGCCACAAUGGAGCCCACCUUGCACAUGAAGCUGACUCCACUUCCUCCAACAAACAAGAAAACCAACACAUCCAUUCGUUUACGAAAUAUUAAAUUAGAUCCCACUCGUGCCUUGGAGCCUGCACGUAAAAAACUUUCAGCGAUUGAGUCUCAGCGCAUUAUGGCCGUAUUCGAGGAUACUAUACGAAGGGUGGAGUUGGUCAAUGCCUUCCCAUAUGUGAUAGAAAACAUAGAUCGGUUUAGAUUUUCUUUAGGUAAUCAGUUGGCAGAUCUCUUUAUUCAACAUGGCAGGAUUCAAAGUAGUUAUAAAGAAAUCCGAGAUCAACUUGAUCAGCUGCUGCAAAAGAGAGCAAAGCAAAGGGCAAAGAUCGAGCUACAAAAUAUUGCUUUAAAAGAAGAGGAGGAUGCCAAUAAAAACAAUGAUUUGUUUGAGAAUUAUGAUGACGAGAGUGAUUACAAAGAAGAAGAUAAUCAUAUGGUAAAUGAGGACCAAGAAAAUGAGAAAAUGGGUUUUAACACCAAUUCUAGUAGACAGUCUAGUGCCAAAAGUUCAUCAUAUAUGGAAAGAGGUUCUGGUUUCAAUCGACCAGACUCCUCUCAAGGUGUCUCAAGGAAUAUUCACAGUAUGGUUAGGGAAGAGGGUGAAGAGGAAGAAAGAGCAUCAUCAGCUAAAAGUUUAGUAGGCCUAUCUGAUUUUGAACCUCGUAUAGAAGAGGCCAUGAGGAACCUAGGUCUAGUAGCUCAACAGGUCAGUGUUAAUAUUAUGUAAUCUUAAUAUUUUUAUUUAGCCCUAUAUUAUGUUUAUUUAUUAAUUAUAUUGAAAAUGUUUUCAAUUUGCAUGUAUUCUAGUUACAAAUGAUAUUUUUUACCCCAAAAAAUACAUUUAAAUAAAAAACUAUUUCAAAAUCUGCAGUUUAAUGUAUUUUUCUUUAAGCUUAAGUAAGAGCCAUGAAAAAAACUGAGAGUGAAAGGUUUCAAUUUGAAAAAAAAAAGUGUGCCCAGACUGAAUAUAAAAAAAAUAAUAAUCCUAUUAAUUUUCUGCAGGUUAGUCAUUCUUGUAAAAAUAUUCUCCGCCUCUUCAUGGCCAACCCAGCAGCCAUGAAAGUAGUAUUAGAGGCUUAUCCUGGUGAUGAGAGCCCCCAGAGCAUUGUAACCAACAUGCAAGAGUUGCGUGAGAUUCUAAUGCACAAACUUUUGACAAACCCAGAGGAGGAAAAAGAAAGAGCAGCCUACUUGGAUGAAAUCUCAAAAAGGGAACGUCACAAUGCAGCUCUCAUUGAAAAACUGGAGAAAGAUUUAAAAACUGCCAUUGAUGAAAAAGAUGAAGAGGUUUGUAAUUGGAUUUUUUUAUGUUGGUGUUUUUUUCUUGUUAAAACACCAUCAAAAGUUAUGUUCAUUCAAUUUGAUUUAUGUAGCAUUAUCUCUACAAUCCAGUUUGGUUUGAAUUAAACGUUAAAAUUUUAAUUUUCAGAAUCUGCGACUACAUAUAGCUAAAAUAAAUGUCCCAUUACAAAAUAAUUGCAUUUUAGAUAAUUCUUUUUUUGAAAUUAAAAUAUGCAAUUUAAUGGAUCUUUGUUGAUAUAUUUUCUGUGGUAAAAAAAAAUAACUAUCUCCAUGAAUGAAACUGUAAAUGAUAAUAUCAGUUUUUAGAUUUGAAUAGCACUGCUGUUUAUAACCAGUUUUAGGUGACGUAACAGAGUCCCAGCACUAUGCUAUAUAAUGAAAAAUGCUAAAAAAAUGAUGAGAUGGAGUAAUUAAAAGCUUCUCUCCAUGAGAAUAGUAUAAUAAGCUUGUAAUUGGGUAGACCUGCUCUUUUGUUAAAGUGUGACAAAAGCUUAUUCAGUUGUGGGACAAAAUUAUUUCUUUGAAAAAAAAUGUAACUACUAAGUUAUAUAAUUAGUAACAUAUUUAUGAAAUGUGUUAUAAAUUAUUACUUGAUAGAUUUGUAUUGAAUAAUUCUUUAAUGUAAUUCAAUUUUUUUUAAUUUAACUUGACAGAUUCGAAAGAACAAUGAUAUUAUUAAAAGACUCCAGACAGAUCUUCAUACUAUUGAAAAAGUUUCAGAAGAAAACAAUAGGCGCACACGUUUGGAAGCAGAAAAAAAUGAGAUGGCAGAUGCUAAAAAUAGCCAACAAAAAAGCCAAAAGCUCCAAUCUGAAAUAAAUGCCUUACAAUCUGCAUUAAACAACUUCAUCACAGAACACAGGGAAUUGGAGGCUGAUCUUAGAGCUGUAAGUGUUUCUCAUUUCAUAUGCCCUGGUGUCUGUCUUUACGUGGUUCUGUGAAGUUUUUUUGGUUAAAAAAUUUUAAGAAGUUCUGUGCAUUUUAGUGAAAUAAUUGAAACUAAAUUCUUGUUAACUGUUUUUCAGAAAAAAUAUAAAGUAGAAAAUGAAGUUGACAACUGGAUUCAGAAAUAUGACCAAGAUCUGGGUGAAAGACAGGUAAAUCAUAAAACAUCUUAUUUCAAAUUACAACCAUACCAAAUGUGAGUGCUGCAUAAAACAUUUUUUUGAAGAAUUUGAGACAUCCCUUCACAGUUAAGUAAUUGGUAUUAACUGAAAAACAUAGUAAAGGAAUUUCUUGAUCUCCUUGUUGAUCACUUCUAUGAAAUUUUCAUCUGGUUCAAAAAAGAAUCACUUCAAUAAAUUGGUUUAAUUAUUUUUUUUUCCCCAAAAACUUAGGAUGAAUAUGAAGAAAUAGAUACAGUCUAUACUGAAGAAAAGAAACAGUUACUAGAGCUGGAAGAGAGAUUUGCCACUCUUGAGAAAGAAUAUCUCUCCAUCAUGGAGGAGAGGAGAGUGGCCAGGAGCAAGCUGGAGAAGGCACAGCGAGAGCUAGAGAUGUUGGUCAAGGCAGCUACUACCAUCCAGGCCUUCUGGAGAUCCUACAAAGUCAGGAAAGCAUUAAAAGCCAAAUCUAAGAAGAAAGGAGGAAGGAAAGGAGGAAAGAAGAAAUAAUGAGAAAUUGUAUUUUCUUGAGUUGUUUAUUUAAUGUGUGGUUAUUUACUUUGAAUUUUAUGGAUAUUUAUUUCACAAUUUUUGGUAGCUUAUUUUUUUUCUCUUAAUUAAAAUCAUCUCUGAUUUAAGAAAAAUAAGAGACUAUUUCUUUUAAAAUGUCUCUCUAUUUAAAUUUUUUACUCUAACAUUAUUUAAAAUAAUCUUGAAGAAAAGGAUUAGACUUCUCAUUGUAUCCAAAUUUGUUUGCAAUUGAUUAUAUGUUUUCUCUAUAGUUUAUAAAAAACAAAUGGAUAAAUGAUUUUUUAACAUAGAUAUACUUCUGAUCAUUGUCUGAUCUGAAAUUAUUAUAGCAUUGUAAUAUGGAAUAUUGUUUUGAAAAAUGUAUGAUUAUCUGAGUGAUUCAAUACCAAUGGAUAUAUUUCCCAAUAACUGACAAAAGUUAAAAGAUCAGUUAUUUUAUUUUUUAUUAAAUCCAAAAAUAAACUGAGUAGAAUUCAGGAAAGUAAGAAUCUAAUAAUAUAUGCAUACACUUCAUGUUUGAAAUUGUAUUAUCAUGUCAGUUAUGUUCUAAAAUAAAUAUGUUAUAUCUAGUUAUAUUUUUAUUUAUAAUUUUUAGUUUUAUUUUAACUAAUUUAAUUGUCAGCCUAAGUAUUUUUUGUAAUCAAAUGAAAGUUUGAAAUAGACAUUGAGUAACACUGAUCGUGAGAGUAUGUCCUUAUGUUUUUGUGAGAUUGAAUGUUAUAGGAAUAAUUCUUUCUUAAAACUCCUCCAAAAUGUACUGUUUUAUCGUUGCUCAAAAAGUUGUUUGAAAACUUUAUUAUCUUAUCAACUUUUUAAAAAAAAUUAUAUGGGAAAACUCCUAUGUUAAUUUUGUUUUUUCUCUUGUUUAGAGGGCAGUUAAAACAUUUCAAAUUCAUUUUUUAAAAUAUUUUUGUAUCUUCAGGUUAGAUUUUUUUUUAAUAUGUCAUUAAUAAUUAGAGAGUUUGUCUGAUUUUAUAACUAAAAUCAUUUGAGUUUAUGUUGGCAUCUUGUGAAUUUUAUUCUUGGAAUAAUUGUAAAAGUGUUACUCUAACAUUUACUGUUGCCAUGAAUUGAUAUGUAAGCCAUAAUGGUAGAGCUUUGUUUACUAUUAAAUUGUGCAAGCUGUCAGAUUUGUGUAGCAUCCAGUGUAAGAUUCAGCUUCAAUGAUGGUGUGGCAUAAAUAGAAAGAAAAGGAGUAUUGAAUGUGUCUCAUAUAAAAAUAAUAUUCUCCUAUGUACUCAGAUAUAACUUUGUUAAGUUGAUAAGGGAACUUGCUCUGUUUUUAUUUGCAUACUGUAUUACAAUUUGUAUACUGCAUAAAAGUUAUGUACUGAUGAUAUUUGCACUGUGAAAUUUAUGUACUCUAGUAAAAAUGUAAAUGCGAUAUUAAAGGCAACCAUUUAUUUUAUCAAAUAAACUGUAAAACGGAAAUUUCUCUGCUUGCAUACAUAUUUUAUUAAAAUAUGAUUUCUAAGGUCACUUCAUGAGUUUAGGGAAAAUCCAUGUAUCCAGUUAUAAAACAACAAAUAAGU